AUGAUCCUCCUCUUAUUCAUCAAAGAAUCAAGAUCAAAGGAUCUAAUAUCUCGGAAGACCGCGGAGCAGCCGAGUGAGGAGGGGGACCGGGCCUAUGAUGUCGACCUCGAUGACCGUGCCGACUUCCCGCGAACACCACCUGCGCCAGUCACUGGCUGCCUGGAAGUGCUCUGGAAGAUUACCUGA